AUGGCCUUGAAUAAUACUGUUAAUCAUCAUGGAGUUGAAGCUUCUCAACCUUUUCCUGGGAACCUUACUCAAAAUGAUCAACCAUAUAGAACUGGUUAUCAUUUCCAACCUUCAAACAAUUGGAUGAAUGAUCCUAAUGGGCCUAUGAUUUACAAUGGAAUAUACCAUCUGUUCUAUCAAUGGAGAACUCUUACUGGUUUAGUUUGGAGUAAAAAAGUAUGGGCUCAUGCAACAUCCACUGAUCUCGUAAACUGGAUUCACCAUAAACAUGCGAUUGUGUCGUCUGAACCAUUUGAUAUCGAAAGUGUUUGGUCAGGUUCAACAACAUUUGUACAAGGAAAGCCGAUUAUACAGUACACAGGAAUCAUUAAAACUGUUCCAUGGAAAUACCAAGUUCAGAAUAUGGCAGUGCCUAAGGACUUAUCUGAUCCUUUCCUUAUCGAAUGGAUCAAACCAGUUGAACAUAAUCCUGUUAUUAAGCCCGAUGACGGUAUAAAUUCUAAUGCAUUUAGGGAUCCUACUACUGGUUGGCAAGGUCCUGAUGGAAUCUGGAGAAUUACAAUAGGAAGCAAAGUAGGCAAUGAUUUUAUUCAUUGGAUUAAAGCUGAACAACCUCUUCACUCGGUGAAGCAAACUGGAAUGUGGGAAUGCCCGGAUUUCUUUCCAGUAGCAAUUGAAGGUAAUGAGGGUGUGGAUACUUCAGUUCUUGGUCCUAGUGUUGAACAUGUGUUCAAGGUGAGCUUGGAGGAUACCAGUCAUGAUUACUAUACUAUUGGGUCUUAUAACCCUGAAACAGAUAUAUAUACUCCUGAUGAAGGAUCCAUCGAUAAUGAUUCUGGUUUGAGGUUUGAUUACGGGAAGUUUUACGCUUCAAAAACAUUCUUCGAUAAUGAAAAGAACAGGAGACUAUUUCGGGGUUGGGUAAAUGAAUCUAGUAGUGUAACAGAUGAUGUGAAGAAAGGUUGGUCCGGACUACAGGCGCUUCCCCGAACUCUAUGGCUCUUGGAAAAUGGAAAGCAAUUGAAGCAAUGGCCUGUUGAAGAGAUAAAACAACUUCGCACAGGACGAGUUUCUUUACCUAGCAAAGUUCUUGCAGGGAAGUCAGUAAUGGAAGUUCCUGGUGUCACAGCUUCACAGGCAGAUGUAGAUGUAAUAUUUGAACUUCCAAAGUUAGAAGAUUGUGAUAUCAUGGACCUUAAUUGGGUCGCUAAACCGCAACUACUUUGUAGUUCAAUACCAGCAUCAGUACGUGGGAAAUCAGGGCCAUUUGGUUUGUUGGCUUUGGCUUCUAAGAACUUUGAAGGACAGACAGCCAUUUUCUUCAGAGUAUUCAAUCAUCAAAACAAAUAUGUUGUGUUCAUGUGCAGUGAUCAGAGCCGGUCUUCUUUGGAAGAAAGCAACGACAAAACAACUUAUGGAGCUUUUAUUGAUAUUGUCCCUGAUCAAGAUAAGCUAUGUCUAAGGAGCUUGAUUGAUCACUCAAUCGUGGAGAGUUUUGGGGUCGAAGGAAAAGCUGUUAUAACAGCUAGAGUAUAUCCAAAAUUGGCUACUGAUAAUGAAGCUCGGCUUUAUGUAUUCAAUAAUGGUACUGAAAAUGUGAAGAUGUCUAGUCUCGAGGCAUGGAGUAUGAAGAAAGCUGAAAUCAAAUAUCUUGAAAACCUGAAAAUUUCUGAUGCAAGAUUAUUUUUCAAGAUGGACAAAAUGGGUGUUAUGGGUAAAAUGGGCUUAAGCAAUGAAUGGGAUUUUGGUGUUGUUUCUGGCCAAUUGGUGAAUUUCAUAAAAUCAAGUGUUUUCUUCGAUGUUAAUGUCCCACCAAGGUUUUGCGGAAUCUUGUCUAGAAUAUUAAAGGUGCCUCAUAUGCAAGCAGAUGAAAAACAUAAAGGAUGUUUUACUAAUCUUAUGGAUAAGGUGCAAAACAGAUUAUCCAUACACAAGGGUAAAACAAUGUCACAACAUAGAAAGGUUACAAAUGCUGAGGUAAAUGAUUUCAAACUCAUUAAGAGGUAUUCCUAUUUAGUUGGUGCAUAUGAAUUCUGGUUUGAUAUAGCUACUUCCUUCUCGUUUGCACUAUAUGUAUGUCCAAUAUUGAUGGCCAAAUACAAUGGCAAUUGUGUUCAUGAGAUGAUUAGCAAAUAUGGAUGUCAACCAGAUGUGUUGAAUAGUGAAACAGUUGCUUGUAUGUCACCUAAUGGUGGUUUUACUAAUAUUGCUUGGGUGUUAUUUGGUAAAAUUUCUGAGAGAGAAGCUUGGUGUCUGUAUGGUGGUGGAGCUGAUUUAAUCUUUCAACUUAAAAUUGCUAAAAUGAGUGACAAGUUGAUCGUUGAUGAAAGUCUGCUUGUUAAAACCAAUUUUUCUCGUUGGAUAUACGAUCGUGGCAAAGUGUUGUAA